AUGUCAAAGGGAGAGGAUUUGGACGCUUUAGGGUAAAAAACUAAAUAUUUUAUAGAACGUUUUUGAUUGAUGAGAAUUUUUCAGUCCAUGAACAGGCCGGGCUCGGAAGAAAAAAAAAAUACGAGUUCACCCUGGUUAACAUCUGGAACAGUAACCAAAAGUUCAUAUAGGUUCGACUUUUGUUGGAAUUACUGAGAUCUCUUUUAUCUCAGCGAGAUCUCAGUUAUCUCGUCCGAGAUCUCGCUGCGACAUUACAAAUCAGUCUCGUAGAGGUCUCGGCGAGAUCUUUUCGCCAUCACAAAUCUCGCCGAGAUCGGAUUUAUGUUUUUUUUUUAUUCUGAGCCGCCUAUGUCACUCCAAAAAAAAAAAUCCUGGCUCAUGUAUGUACCACAAGGCUGAAAAAUCACCAUCACAUCUGAAUCAUUUAGAUUCAUGUUCACGAUUCAUAUUUAUUUCCCUUUGUUUUUGGGUAUGGUAAUGUAUGAUAGUGAGUUUAAAACAAAAGAAAAUAAAAUCUAAACCAAGGAUAAAAUUGAACCACAACGUACAUAGUCAGCCUUAUGUUUUUUUUUUUGUUUAGUCUCUGCAAGACAAGCGGUACGGAAAUUCAGAGGAAAGACAUCAGUUUCUUACUCAGCAAGACGAAAGACGCAUUCGCCGUUCGAAAAGCAAUGGCGCCAUGUUCAAAGCUAAUUUUUAGAAAGUACAUUGUACCUAUAGGUUUCAUUAUUAUAAAUGUUCAUAAAAAUUGACACAGUUGUAAUCUUGUGCUGAUUAAAAUCACUCAUUUUGAAAAAACAAACAAUGGUGAGGAUAUGUGUAUCAUGUAUCACGAAACAUCCAGCGUUGUUUUACUUUAUGAGACUACGCGCUCCCCAAGGAAAUAGGACAAGAGCGACUGUGCCAGACUGAUAUUAAGAAUCUGUUAAGUUAUUAAUAUGAGAAUUUUUCAGAUUAGUUGCAAAUUUUCAGUGAAACUUGAGCAAGGUUAUCAUCUGAUGAGCGAAAUUGCUAUGAAGUUAUCAGCCGAGCAAAACGAUGUAGCCUGCGAGAAGCGAUCAGAAGCGAUCCGCGAGAGCACACUCGAGGGAGCGUCUCCUUUCGCUUGCGGCUCUCAG